UUAUUAAUAAUUCCAAAUUCCGAUGCCCAAUUCGAAGACGAAGGAAGUCCCAAGCUUCUGCUAUAUAUAACGGGCGGCGGGGGCGUCGAGUGGCCGCCGAGAUCUGGUCUUCUCUUCCCCCUUUCGUCUUCCUCAGCCUCCUUCCCACCGUCCGACGAGAAUGGGUAGCACCGAAAAUGCGGUGGCCGACUAUGGCGAGUACACUUAUGCAAGCUUGGAAAGGGAGCCAUAUUGGCCUUCAGAAAAGUUGCGGAUUUCUAUCACGGGAGCAGGUGGGUUUAUCGCAUCACAUAUUGCUAGGCGUUUGAAGAGUGAAGGUCACUACAUCAUUGCUUCUGAUUGGAAGAAGAAUGAGCACAUGACUGAGGAUAUGUUCUGUCACGAGUUCCAUCUUGUUGACCUGAGGGUCAUGGAUAAUUGCUUGAAGGUCACUAGUGGCGCUGACCAUGUAUUCAAUCUUGCUGCUGAUAUGGGAGGAAUGGGCUUCAUUCAGUCCAACCAUUCGGUCAUUAUGUACAAUAACACUAUGAUCAGUUUCAACAUGAUUGAAGCUGCAAGGAUUAAUGGUGUGAAAAGGUUCUUUUAUGCCUCGAGCGCUUGCAUCUACCCAGAGUUCAAACAGUUGGAGACUAAUGUAAGCUUGAAGGAAUCUGAUGCUUGGCCUGCUGAGCCUCAAGAUGCCUAUGGUCUGGAAAAACUUGCUACGGAGGAGUUGUGCAAGCACUACAACAAGGACUUUGGCAUUGAGUGUCGCAUUGGGAGGUUUCAUAAUAUUUAUGGCCCUUUCGGAACAUGGAAAGGCGGAAGAGAGAAAGCCCCUGCUGCAUUUUGCCGAAAGACAUUAACUUCCACUGAUAAGUUUGAGAUGUGGGGAGAUGGUCUGCAAACUCGGUCCUUCACUUUUAUUGAUGAAUGUGUUGAAGGUGUUUUAAGAUUGACAAAAUCAGACUUCCGUGAACCACUAAACAUUGGCAGUGAUGAAAUGGUGAGCAUGAACGAGAUGGCUGAAAUAGUACUCAGCUUUGAAAACAAGAACCUUCCGAUUCAUCACAUUCCUGGUCCAGAGGGCGUCCGUGGUCGCAACUCUGACAACACCCUGAUCAAAGAGAAACUUGGAUGGGCUCCAACCAUGAAACUGAAGGAUGGCCUGAGGUUUACAUACUUUUGGAUAAAGGACCAGAUCGAAAAGGAGAAAACUAAGGGUCUUGACGUGUCUGUUUAUGGAUCAUCAAAGGUGGUGGGAACACAAGCACCUGUGCAGCUUGGUUCCCUUCGCGCAGCUGAUGGAAAAGAAUGAAGUUCCACAUCCUCUUCUUGGCACUAGUACCUUUCAGACUAUGAUGCUAGGUAUCAACUUGGCCUGGGAGCAAAUAUAGCAAAAUUCCACAUUUCCAAGAGGGUGUUUUGUUAGUUUCUUAUUGUCUCUUUAAUGAUGAAACCUUAUUUAAUUUCUAGGUUGGCAUCAUUAAUAUAUUGAAUUAAUGCGCAUAAUAUGGACUCAUAUUUAUUGGUGUAACUCAUGUUUCAUACAAGUUUGUUUGUGCACAA